UGUUGACCACUUCACUUAGCUGGGAAGUAGGAUCAGCCCUGGUGGGUCAGUUGCCGAUGAGAUUUCUGCACGGAUACAAAAGGCUCGAUUGGCUUUUGCCAAUUUGCGCCACCUAUGGCGCCGCCGUGAUAUUCGUUUGUCUAUUAAGGGUCGCGUGUACUGCACAGCAGUCCGCUCUGUUCUACUGUAUGGCUGUGAAACAUGGCCAUUGAAAGUGGAAGACAUGAGAAGGUUACAGGUAUUUGACCACCGUUGCCUUCGUAGUAUAGGACGUAUUCCGUGGUGUCACCAUGUGAGUAAUGCAGAAGUUAGGUGUAGAGUUUUAGGGAGAAGAGGUAAGUCAGUCGACGAGGUUGUGAACCUUCAUCGACUGAGAUGGUUGGGACACGUACUACGUAUGCCUAGUCACCGAUUGCCUCGUCACACAAUGUUGGCUGAGGUGGGUUCAGGCUGGAAAAAGGCCCGAGGUGGCCAGACUAAAACAUGGCACCAAUGUAUGAAGUCUCUGACUGUUGGUUUAAGCCAUGUAGGACGAUGCAGACUAGGUGGUUGGGGUCCACGGGACAAGAGGAACCAGUGGUUGGAGACCCUAGGUGAUAUGGCUCAGAACCGAAGUCAGUGGCGCAGAUGUAUACACACAUUAUCCUCAUCUUAACAACGCUAUACCGAAUCUCACUAUUUUGUCACUCCUCUUUCCUUUCUUCUCGUACUUUAUAUUUCUUUUGACUGCAUUCACUUAUCUUCAUCCUUCACCUCACUACCUUUUUACUUGAUGUGCUGAUAUGAGGUGUGGCAACUCGGACCG